UGCGGCUCUCGGAACUACUAUGUAUUACUAUUCCAACUCUAUUUGCUUACUAUGUUUACAGGAAAGAUAUGAGAUUUAACAAUAGAUUAUCAUAUAUUUUCUAUCUGUCACUCUUAAUUUAGCUAAACCCUCGAUUCUAAAAAACAUGAAAACUUACAAUGUCCGCUCUUAAUAAAGAUUUAAAAAGAAAAACCUCCAUAAUGGAAAUAAACUGGUUAGGUUAUAAUUCCCUUUAAAACGCUCACUAACGAUAUUCCGCGGCCCUAGACGGCGAUUUGUCCUAGUCAGUCUACCGGCGCCCAGUCAAAUUGUCACCGCGUCGCGCUAUCAGCGAAAAAAGUAGGGAUCCAGACAAUCACGCAAUAGACAAUAGGAUCCACCCGAAAAUUUCGAGUUCCUUUUGGGCCUUGGUCUUAUUGCACUACUAUGUAUUGCGACGACUAUGCGUGUAUAUAUAUAAUACCUACGUGCUCUCGUGCACUGUCUUGCUACCAUGGGGUUACUCCGUGGAACAAGACUUCGAAUUUAACAAUUUGAUUUGCCGUUUGCCGUUCUCUUCGGUAGCAGAACUUGCUUCCUCCCAAGUUAUACUUGGGUAUUGACGACGGAUUUACAUAUUCCUUAGCAGUUAUACCUGGGGAUCGACGGAUCGUCAAGGAAAGAGAGAAAUGGCGUCUUCGACUUCGGAUUACGCCGAACACCCGGAGGAUGGUGCUGUUACGUCUGAGGCUUCUAAGCCGCUGAAGCAUUCCAUCUUCCGGUCUGUACCCUUUCAGAUUGCUGUCGCGUGCGGUGUCUCUUUUACCGCGCCGGGUAUGUGGGAUGCCCUCGGCGGUUUAGGGGCUGGCGGCGCAGCUGAACCAUAUGCUGUAUCAGCAGCUAAUGCUCUUGUUUAUGGUCUUUUCUCUAUCGUCUGCGUGGCCGCGGGAGCCAUCAACAAUCGCAUCGGUCUACCGUACGGUCUUGCUCUCGGCGCUAUUGGUUAUCCGCUCUACGGCGCCGGUCUCUACACCAAUAACGUGAACGCCACCACCUGGUUUAUGCUCUUCGGCAGCGCCCUCUGCGGUAUCUCGGCCGGUUUUUUCUGGGCUGCUGAGGCUGCUAUCAUCAUCGGCUACCCGAGUCCCAAGGAUCGUGCUUUUUACCUCGCUAUCUGGCAGAGUGCUAAAGCCGCUGGUCCUAUUGUUGGCGGCGCUAUUAACCUUGGCCUCAACGCGCAGCGUUCUUCUGCCGGCUCCGUCGGUUCCGCUACAUACAUCGUCUUCAUCGCCAUCAUGUGCCUGGGCCUACCUAUUGCCCUCUGUCUUAGCCCCGCGGAGAAGGUAUGGCGCCACGACGGUACCCGCGCCGUCAUACGCAAGGAGGCGACCUGGAGCGCCGAAUUCAAGGCUGUAGGCAAAUUACUAGUGUCACGACGUGUAUUGCUAUUGCUACCAGCUUUCUUCAUCAGCUAUUUCUACAACGGUUUCGUUAGCACGUGGCUGACCACAUACUUUACUGUCCGCUCGCGUGCCUUUUCCUCCUUCUUCACCAACUUUGCCGGUAUCUUCAGCUCGUUUAUCAUUGCCUCUCUGCUCGACCGCCAGAACAUUCAUAUCCGAACCCGUGCCCGCAUUGCUUUUACUGCCAUUGUCACCAUCCUUAUUGGCACCUGGAUCUGGGCAACGAUCUUACAGAAGCGGUUCUACGACGCGCCGGUUUCUCCCGUGUUCGACUGGUUCAAAGGUGGCUUCGGCUCUGCGUACGCGCUCGUUUUCUUUUGGACCUUCGGCGGCCAGGCCUUCCAGCAGUUCCUCUACUGGCUUGUCGGCCAGUAUGCGACAGACUUAUCGUCGCUUUCGCGUCACACUGGUAUCCUACGAGGUGUUGAAGCUCUCGGACAGACGGUUGCUUGGGCUAUGCAAUCUGAAGGAAACGCCAAUCACUUCGUCAGCAUCGGUCUCAACUUCGGUCUCACCAUCCUAUGUAUCCCGUUCGCCUGGAUCGUGCUCUCGGAGCUCGACCAUAGCCACGAGGUCAAAGUAACCGAGGAACAAGUUAUCGUAAACGACCCGGAUAAGAAGCAAGAUAGUGCUGCUGCAUCGGUUUAAAUGCUUGGUUUUUAAUAUUGUGGUAGAGAUACUUGAAAGUAAUUGGGGAUUCGAGUUUAACGGACUAUGCGAAGAAUCUUAUAGAAGAGCGAAUGCACCGGCAAGAGGAGAUUAGGAGCUUUGGAUGAUACCCUAGUUGAUAGAUAAAUGGAGAGCUUUUUCAGGAAUAUUCCGAAUAAUGACGGUCUUAAGUACCUACCUAGUAUCAUGAGAUCCACCAGUGCUGGGGGUUGUUAUAAUAGGUAGCUACCUACGUGCCUGGUAGAACGCUUCUUUUGAGAGCCUCGACGGUCUAAUCCGUUACUAGCCCAGCACCGAGAAAACAGUUUAAUUACCUACCUAGGUAGGUACCUGGGCUCUCCUCUAGUUCCUAUAGAACCUUAGAGAUAUCUAUUUGGACCCCCCUGCGUUAAACGCGUAUUCUUUCCUACUACGAAAUAUAUUAGUUGUUCCACAUUGGACUACGAUGCCACGACACGUGGGCCGUCUGAUGGUAGCACUUCGUGUAAGAAUAACAAUGCUUAUAAUAGGUUAUAUUCGGCUCAAGAGAUAAUGUCAAUUGAUUCUCAAGCGCCUUCUCGCCGUCAACGCUACUCGCGAAGGGAAAUAGGUUUUAAUUUUAUGAGAGACCGUGUCUCCGCGCAUAGACUUUGAUCAGACUAUGAUCAUAGGUUUCGGAUGCUCGCCGAAGAAGUGUUUAAGCGAAUGUCUCGUCAGGUUCGUAAACGCGAUUCAAUAUAAUAUGGGGG